GAGUUAAACGUUCAUCCCUUUUAGACUCAUAAAAUAUAAAGCUUGAUAUUGUUCCUAUAAUGUAUAUUUGUAUAUGUAGAGUGUAGACCACGACAUAUGAACGUCUAAUUUAAAUAAAUCUCAUACAUUGUAUUAGAUGAAAACUUGAAAGCAAGAUCCUUUUCAGCGUAUGAAAAUUGCUAAAAGACUAUGUCAAUUCAAACACAACAAUUCAUUAACCCGUAUCAUUGUGAUAAAUUUUUGUUAGGUGAAUACUUCUAUACUAGCCGUAAGAUAAUUGUCUUAGUUGCAUGUAUUUAUGUUAAGUGUCUACUAUAACUAUGUGUUGAUUGUUAUGUUUUAUUCAUUAUAUAAAUUGUGAAUGGAUAAAUUAACCGAAAAUUUUCUCACUUAAUGAUAAUGUGAUUUUAUAUUGGUUAAUAUGGUUAUCCAAUUAACCAAACCGAUUAAACAUUAGUUUGGUUAAUUUGGUUGUUAUAUUAGUUUGGACGGUUUGGUUAUGAUAUUGUAUUCCAUGGUUAAUGAAAUUUAGCCUUAUUUGGUUUGGUAAUAACCAUAGUAACCAUUUGAACACCCCUAAUACCCAUACCCGCCCCCACCAAGAGAAUUUCUUCAAAUAUAAAAAAAAUAUGUGCAUCAAAUUAUAAUCUAUCAAUGAUGAUGAGGAUAACUUGAGAAAAUAAAUAGUAGAAAUGCAUUUGAGUGACCAUCUUAAUCAAAACCUAAUUCAUUUCUCUCAAUUCUCAUUUCACUCUUUCACUUUCUCCCUUGUCAACAAGAUUAUGUUAGUUAAUUAUUACUUAGUAGAUGUAUCAGAGUUAGAACAUAAUAAUUUGAAAAAUAUUAUACUCUAUAUUAUGUAUUAAUGGAUAUUUUAGGAUCAUAUUCUUCGAACCAUAUAAAAAAAUGACUGUGUUUUGUUGACUUCAUGAUGUAAUGUUCGUUUAGAGUUAUAAUUAAAACUUUUCCUGUGAGUUUUAGGUAUAAUAAUGUUGGAUGUACGGGUAUGAGUAUUAUCCAUGGGUACCCGAAACCCACGGGUAUAGGGAUGGGUUUGCAAAACAUUUCCCCGCAUGGGUAUGGGGCGGAUAUGGGUUUGGGUAUUUGAAGAUGGGGAUGGGGAUGGUUUAGGCAAACCCGCCCCAUUGCCAUCCCUACAUGUAUAUACGAAAAUUGGUGUAUACUAGUAUACAUUGUUUGAUUUUUGUGAUAGUUUUGUGUUAUUUAAAUAAGUUGUAAUACUUUUUGGAUAAAAUGUCAUGUUUAUCCUUUGUUUCUAAUAUAAAAGAGCAACACACAUAAAAAGGUAAGGACAUAGUUUGAAGAAAAAGAAACACAACAAUCUUAACAAAAACUUGAGAUUUAACUAUCACUCAUUUUGAGACUUAGGGGUCGUUUGAAAGUUGCGAUAGUUUUGUUGAGAUUGUCAUUAUGCAUGUAUUGUUUACAAUGCAUCGUUUUUUUUUGUUUUUUUAGCAGAAACAAUACAUGGAUUGUUUAUGUGAUGUGAUAGAAACUAUCACUCAUUUUGAGUAAUUGUUAUAUCUUAACUUUUAGUUGUGAUUGUUGAGACAGUUGAGUUGAGAUUGUUUUGUCUCAGCUUUUAGCUGAUGCGACAUACACAAUCACACAUACCAAACGUUGUAUUCUACAAUGCAUCAAAUUCGACAAUACAUGUAUAAUAUUAUACAUGCAUUCUCAACAAUACAUCUAUUUAACAAUCGCAACUUCCAAACGACCCUUUAGUGAUAGUUUGUGUUACAUCAAACAAACAAUGCAUAUAUUAUUAGCGUAGAAAUUAAAAAAAAAAUGUAUUAUAACUAUCUCAACCAAACAAUCAUCAAAACCAAACCAUCUAACUUAAUUUCUCAGACUAAGUAGCCAUUUCCAUCGUUGAAAAAGAGGAUUGAAAAUGAACCAUUUGGCCAGUUUUCUUUUCUUUUCCUUCCAGAGAUUUUCGCAGCAAACAAACAGGAAGUACUCUUUGGAUAUGUUCUCGACGAGGCCGAUCACGAUUGCUGGAUCCCUCUCAGUCGUCUUCCAUUUCUCUCCAACGCUUACAGAAGGGAAACAAUUCACCAUGGAGAAGAGAAACUGUGAAACUCCGAUUUUGGGCCGCGUCACAUUUUACGCCGGAUGCAUAUUGCUGCUAAGCUGCGCUCACAUUUUCAAAAUUUAGCGGGGUAACGAGGGGAAAAUCAAAAGUCCGCUUGAAAAAAGAAUGAGCAAGCUGCGAGAGCGCUCUGGAGAAUUUGUAUAUCUGGCAAUCGCUAGAGCGCUGUCCACGGCAGCGAGCCAGAAGCAGCUACGGAAAAUCCAUUCGCGUCUGAUUACAUUAGGCCUUGAGAAGUCCGUCUUCUUUUCCGGGAAGCUGACGAGCAAAUAUGGGCAGCUGAAGGACCCGGUUUCUUCCUUUCAUGUAUUCCGAGUAGCCACGCCGGCGACCAGUGCCUAUCAAUGGAAUUCAGUUAUCAGAGCGCUCACCCAGAAUGGGUUGCCCACUGAAGCUCUCGAGCUUUACUCCCGCAUGCAAGAGCUUGAGGUCAGGCCUGAUUCUUAUACUUUCCCGUCGGUUAUCAAUGCUUGUGCGGCGUUGUUGGAUUCUGAAACGGGUAGGAUUGUCCAUGAUCGGGCUGUGGAGAUGGGUUUCAGCUCUGAUUUAUAUAUUGGAAACGCUUUGGUGGAUAUGUAUGCCAGGUUUGGCAAUCUGGCAAAGGCCCGGAAUGUGUUUGAGGAAAUGCCUCGCAGAGAUCUUGUGUCGUGGAACAGCUUGAUUUCUGGGUAUAGUGCAAAUGGGCACUGGGAGGAGGCUUUGGAGUUUUAUCGUGAUUUUAAAAUGCUUAGUCUGAAACCAGAUUCUUUUACUGUAUCAAGUGUUCUGCCUGCCUGUGGAGGCUUGCUUGAUGUUGAGGGCGAGGUGAUCCAUGGGUUGGUUGAGAAGAUGGGUAUGAAUGCUGAAGUUAUAGUGAACAAUGGGCUUCUAUCUAUGUAUUUUAAGUUCGAUCAAUUGGUGGUUGCGCAAAGGAUAUUUGGUGAAAUGGUCACAAGGGAUACUGUUAGUUGGAACAUCUUGAUUUGCGGGUAUUCUGAAAUGCAGUUGUUUGAAGAGUCAGUCAAGUUCUUCGUGGAGAUGGUUCGUAUGUUCAGACCAGAUUUAUUGACAAUCACUAGCGUUCUCCGUGCCUGUGGUCAAUUAAAGGACUUGGAAUUUGCAAAAUUAGUCCAUAAUUAUAUGAUGGACAAUGGUAUCGAACGUGAUGUCACUGCUGAUAACAUACUUAUUGAUACAUAUGCAAAAUGUGGUGAUAUUUCAGCAUCAAGGGGAGUGUUUGAUGCAAUGGGAUGUAAAGAUUCUGUUUCAUGGAACUCUAUGAUCAGUGCUUACAUUCAGAAUAGCAGUUAUGGCGAAGGGAUGGAAGUCUUCAAGGUAAUGGUGAAGGAGCUGAAGCCUGAUUCUGUUACUUGUAUACUGAUCUUGUCAAUAUCUGCUAAAGCAGCAGAUUUGGACCUCGGGAAGCAAGUCCACUGUGCUGUGGCUAAAUUAGGAUUUGACUUGGAUCUGGUUGUUCAGAAUGCAUUACUUGAUUUCUAUGCCAAAUGUUGGAGAAUGAAUGAUUCACUCGAGCUUUUCAGGAGCAUCAGAGAUCGGAAUGUGGUAUCCUGGAACACCAUCAUUGUAGCAUGUGGGCAAGGAGAAGACUCUAGCUUAGGAUUCAGGAUGAUAAACCAGAUGGUGAGUGACAAUAUAAUGCCAGAUACAACGACAAUGUUAGGUGUGUUGCCAAUAUGUUCCUUGCUAGCUGCCAAACGGCAAGGCAAAGAAAUUCACGCCUCCACUUUGAAGUUAGGAUUUGAAUCAAACGUUCCAAUUGGGAACGCACUGAUUGAAAUGUACUCCAAGUGUGGUAAUCUAAAGUACGCAAUUAAAGUUUUUCAGCAUAUGAAAGCAAAAGAUGUUGUGACCUGGACGUCAUUGAUCUCAGCUUAUGGAAUGCAUGGUGAAGGGAUGAAAGCAUUGGGAGCUUUUGAUGAAAUGAAAGCAGCUAGAGUGGCUCCUGAUCGAAUUGCCUUUGUGGCCAUCCUCUAUGCAUGCAGCCAUUCAGGUUUGGUGGAUGAGGGUCUCGAUUGUUUUUACCAAAUGAAAAGGGAUUAUGGGAUUGAGCCGAGAAUUGAACAUUAUGCUUGUGUAGUUGAUCUUAUGUCUCGAUCUGGGCAGUUAUCUAAAGCUGAAAAAUUCAUCGGUUCUAUGCCUUUGAAGCCAGAUGCAAGCAUAUGGGGAGCUUUACUUAGCGCCUGCCGAGCAUGUGGAGAAACAAAGAUUGCUGAACGUGUAUCUCAGCAUAUUAUGGAACUAGAAUUGGAUGAUCCUGGUUAUUAUGUUCUAGCAUCCAAUGUUUUUGCUGCUUUAGGUAAGUGGGAUCAGGUAAAAAGCAUCCGAAAAUCCAUAGUAACUCGAGGACUGAAGAAAGAACCCGGGCGGAGUUGGAUUGAGAUGGGAAACAAAGUUUUUGCAUUUGGGUCUGCGGAUAAGUUCUCUGAACAUUACCAAGAGAUUAGCAACUUUUUAGACGAGCUUGCUGCUUUGAUGUCGAAGGAAGGUUAUGCUGCUAAUGUACAAUAUGCUUUGCAUGACAUUGAGGAGGAUGAAAAGAGAGACUGGCUUUGUGGGCACAGUGAGAGGCUUGCUAUAGCUUUUGGAUUGUUGAAGACAGAUCCAGGGACCCCCUUACAAGUAAUGAAGAACCUUCGUGUUUGUAGGGAUUGUCACACUUGGACCAAGUUCACGUCGAAGCUUAUGAAGAGAGAAAUAUUAGUUAGAGAUGCUAAUCGAUUUCAUUUGUUCCGAGAUGGGUCGUGUAGUUGUGGAGACUAUUGGUAGUGUUCCCGGGAUAUUUGCUACAUUCUCACCAUUGAAGACCAUUGAUAGUAUAUUGAUUCUCUCGAAGACAAUAACAGCUUCCUUCGAUGGGUAAUGUCGUUCCAAUAAUUUUUUCAUAAACACUGCUAGCUAUGUAGUGCUAUAUUGUCGCUCAUUAACUGGCAGUAAUCCUUACACAAAUGGCGAUGCAUUCAUUUUCUGACGUAUGGCCUUGGCACUG